AUGUUUGGAUCUCAUCACAUCUCACAACAGAUACAAGUGGCGUUUACUGCCAAGACAAUGAUCCAUCAGUAUUUACUAAUUGUUAUUGUUUUGGUGGCUGUGACCCUAGCCGUGCCCAUUACAGCAGGUCUUUCAAUCUGUUGUAUUCGAUGUAAUGAUCGCAGAAAGGCUGCCCACAGUGCUUCUGCAGCUAAACUUUCCAAGAAAAAUUUUAACCAACAGAGACAUUUGAUCGUCCACCCACAUUUGGCUGCUGCUUGGUCUGAUGCUCCUGUUGUGAGAGCAGCUACCCCAAACAGAGGAAAGAAGAAUUCAGCUUUAUCAAUGAAACUUCAAAAAGUUACAGAUGCCAUCUAUCAGGAAAUAGAUGAUAUUGAUAUAAGUGAUCAAAGCCAAUUCAUGAUGCCUGAUACUCACAGAAAUUUGCUCCCAUCUCAUGUUGACAGUGAAGAUGGCUGGAGUGAUGCAGACAUAGGAGGUUCUAGGCGAAUAACAGACCUGACUGCUGACUACAUUGAGCCGUGUCCAUCAAACAGAGAUCAAAUACAGAGCAGAUAUAUGGAGCCAAUACAAAAAAGAUUCUUUUUCCCUGAAGAUAAGAUUAUUAGUUCAAGAAGAUUUAAUAGACCAAAUAUUGCUCAUGUUCCUGAUUGUAGCCAGUGGCUUGAUGCCAGUCCUUCAACAGUGGACAGUGGCAUUUCUGAUAUGCAAUGA